CGGUUCAGCAUGGAGCCUAAACCCUCGCCGCCGCCGGCCGCCCCUUCGCGCCGCCGCGGCGCAGCGACCAAGCGCAAGGAGAAGGCCGCAUCUGCGGUGCCCUCCGGGUCCCCGUCGCCGAAACGCCAGGCCCGGGAGCGCGGGCCCGUCUACCAGCCGUCCCUUCCGCCGCCUCAACCGCGCAGCCGCCAACCCGCACGCAAGCCGCAGCGCAAGCCCGCACGCAAUAAAUCGCCGCGGCGCUCCGUGGAGCCGCCGCGCGCGCAGGAGGAGGAGGAGGGCCCGCCGCCACUGCCGCCACCACGGCCGUCGCUGGAGAAGGAGAUCGAGGCCGUUCUGUCCCGCGGCGCUGGCGUCCACGUUGUACCCACCUUCGCCGGAUGGUUUUCAUGGAAGGAAAUUCACCCCAUCGAGAAGCAAAUGUUGGCUACAUUUUUUGAUGGGAAAUCAGAGAGACGGACACCCGAGAUAUAUUUGGGAAUCAGAAAUUUAAUCAUGAACAAGUUUCACUGUAAUCCCGAAGUGCAUCUGGAGUCCAAAGAUUUGUGUGAGUUGUCAGUUGGGGAGAUGGAUGCUCGUCUAGUAAUCUUGGAGUUCUUGGCCUACUGGGGUUUAGUUAAUUUCCACCCUUUCCCAUCAGUUGUACAGGAACACAAGCUGGUUGAGAGUAAAAGUAGUGCUGAGACAGCAGAAGGAAUUUCUCAGGCUGAGAAGUUAUUUCAGUUUGAAACAGUUCAUUCUUACUUGGUACCUGUUUCAAAGGAAGCUGAAGCAAUAUCUCCAGUUCAGUUCACUAGCUUGCUCCCUGAGCCUACCCUAGCUGAAGAUGCAAUAGGUGCAGCUGAGUCUUCUGUUGAGUACCAUUGCAAUUCCUGCUCAGUUGAUUGUUCAAGAAAGCGUUAUCAUUGUAGGACUCAGGUAGACUUUGAUUUUUGUUCAGAUUGCUACAACGAAGAAAAAUUUGAUGAAGGCAUGUCAAAAUCUGAUUUCAUCCUUAUGGAAUCUGCAGAUGUUCCAGGGUCUGGUGGUUCUAACUGGACUGACCAUGAGACAUUGCUUCUUUUGGAAGCGUUAGAAAUUUUCAAAGGAAAAGAAUGGCAUGAGAUUGCUGAGCAUGUUGCUACAAAAACAAAAGAACAGUGCAUGUUACACUUCCUUCAAAUGCCAAUUUCUGAACCGUUUCUUGAUGGCGAUGAUUUCAAUGAAACACCCCAGAAGAUCACAAAACAGGAUUCAGCAGAAACUGGUCCUUCUGAUGUACCUGACAAGAUGGAUGUAGAUGGUAAUGCGGAAGGAAAAGAGAGCACUGAUGAAAAAGCUUACAAGAAAGCAGAUUCCAGUUCCGCAGAAACAAGAACAAAAUUAGCUGACCAAAAUAUUUCUGCUAAAGAGGAUACUAUGAAAUUAGGUGAUGAUGACCUAGUUGCUUCCAUUGUUGAUGAACCAAAUAAAUCUUCAUUGGUGGAUCCUGCACAUAAGAAGAAUUCUGCUAAUGCUGAUGUCUCUGGGGAACACCCAUCCAACUUUAUUACUAAUAUCCUGAGAUCCACUUUUGAAGCAGUUGACCACUUUCUGGGUAAAGAAGACAUGGGUUCGUUUGCUGAAGCAGGAAAUCCUGUGAUGGCACUGGCUGCGUUUCUUGCUUCUCUUGUGGAACGUGAUGAUGCUGUUUCUUCAUGUUGUAGUUCGUUGAGAGCUAUAUCAGAGAUGUCUCCUGCUCUCCAACUGGCAACUGAACACUGUUUUAUUCUUCCAGAUCCACCAAGUGACCUCAAAGAUCCGGCUUCCACUUUCAGCCCUUGCGCAGGCGGUGAGAGCCAAGAAGGUGCUGAUACUACUCAAAAUGUGAAUGAUACCGAUAAAAACAACAGCGAAAGGGAAGAUAGUGAUUUAGCUCUGGAGAAGGAGAGUGCUACAUUCACCUCACAGAAGCAGCACCUGGAAGAAUUAUCUGACGCAAAGGAAACAUUUAUUGGAGGUCCUGAGGCAGAGGCCAAAUCCAACAGCACAAAGGAUUCUGACAAUCCAAUUGCUAAGGUGGGGAGCAGUGUAGCAUCUGACAAGAUGAGAGAUGGGUGCAAUGCUAAUGCCAUUCCGUGUCCUGCUACUUCAAAUCAUACAACUGAACCCAGCUCCGUAGCUUCCCAGGAAGCCAGUCCAGCAAGUACAAAAGACACAGCUAUCCCUGAACAAGUUGAAAGACCAAGUUCUGAGGAAUUACUAGCUGAUGUUUCACUUCCACAAGGGAAGGUAGAGCCGAAGAAGACUGAACCUGCACCUGCUGCCUCGUCUAGUAUCCAACAGCAUGGGUGCAAACAAGCUGGAAAUGGCAACACUGAACCUAAAAGCAAGGAAAACGCUGCGGCCGAUGAUGACCCCAUAACAAGGCUACAGCGAGCGGCCGGUACUGCCAUUUCGGCAGCUGCAGUGAAGGCCAAGUUCCUUGUGGAGCAGGAGGAGGGUUACAUUCGGCAGCUAGCUGCACUUGUGAUCGAAAAGCAGUUUCAGAAGAUGGAAACAAAAAUGUCGUUUCUCACCGAAGUUGGAAACCUGGUGUUACGAUCGAGAGAUUUGACAGAGAGGAUGCGGAAGAAGCUUUUGUUGGAGCGGAGCAUGAUAAUCGCUUCUCGAAUGGGUGCAGCAGCGGCUUCCAGAACAAUCCAGCACGGGGCUCCGGUGACCACCAGACUCCCAGUAGGGCAUGUGCAUGCCUUGAAUCCGCAGCUGAGGCGCCCUUGAAGCUUUUUAUAGUAUGUAUAUGAUCAGUAAGACUGGCCUAUGUAGGAGGUGUGCUAAUCCGCCUCUGUAUAAAAUGCAGUGUACUGUAGACGCGUCUAGGGUUCUGGAGUCAGUAGGCUUUGAUGCUCACCACACCACACGACUUGGCUUUUCUUUUCCUUUU